UUGCUGGCAGCCACCCGCUUGCUCUUGGCUGAGGUCGUGCGCAUUCCGCGGACUUUUAUGAAGCGACAGGCGAUGUCUGAUGACUUGGACUACCUGCACGUUCCCUUGGAGCUCAAAACAAUGAUCCUCAAGCUAGCCUACAGUGAAGCGCGAGAAGCAACCGAUAGUUCGUUGGUGGCCCAGCAGGGCUCUCGUGCUCGCCUCGUCGAUGUGCAGUGGCGCGUAGACGUGGCCGUCUCCACCAGUUCGAUGAAGCGAUCCCUAGUGCCGACGGUACUGAUGCAGCUGACUCUCAGUGAUGGCACAUUGCGGACCUUUGAAGCACCCGUGAACCAGUUUCACAAACUGCGCUACACCGCUGCCGCCAUGCUCAAGGUGCGAUCACACUUG